UGCGGCUGCUGUUGCUAUAGCAACAACAGCGCUACAGCCUAUCAAAACAUUCAUUUUGAUAUCAUUCAGUUGGAUCGAUUUAUUUAUUGAUUUUAGGGUUCAUAUUGCCAAUGGACCCCGCAGCAGGUGAGCAGGUGACUGUAGGACAGGUGAGUCAUCACAGCAUCGAGCUCAUCUGGACUCGAGAACACGGCACGAACUGGACCGACCCUCCGGAAAACUGGACCUGUUUCAUCCUGGAGCAGAGGAAGGACAGAAAACACACAUAUAAACAGAUACAUAAGGGGUACAACACACGGUUCACGGUGGAGAAUCUGGAACCGAAGACCACCUACACAUUCAGACUGAAGGUCACGUGGCCGUCCGGUCAGCUGCGUUAUUACCCAUCAGUCACUGCUUCUACAGAAAAGGAGCCUCUGAAUGGGAGGAAUCUUCACAACGCCGUCCUCAAGAGUGAUGAGCUGGAGCUCUGUCGAGUGUUGCAGUCGAUAAAAGUCUCAGUGGAUGUUCCUGACAAGCUGGACUUUACUCCUUUAAUGAUGGCGGCCAUGAAGGGCUUUACUAGAGGAGUUCAGCUUUUGGUGAAUCAUGGUGCAGAUGUGAACAGAAAAAACAGCAGUGGUAAAGACAGCCUGAUGCUGGCAUGUUUCCACGGGCACCUGGACGUGGUGAAGUUCCUGCGCAGCUGCGGGGCGUCCUGGAGCUCUCAGGACCGAUCGGGCUGCUGCGCCCUGCACUGGGCCGCAGCUGGAGGACACCUGCCCCUCCUGCAGUACCUCAUACAGGACGGAUGUGAGGUCGAUGUGCGGGACGGCGCCUCCUGGACGCCCCUCAUGAUCGUCUCGGUCAUAACCGGAGACACGGCUGCAGCUUCACUGUUAAUCACAGCUGGAGCUGAUGUUAAUUUACAGGACAGAAACGGGAAAACACCGCUGAUGGUGGCUGUGCUGAAUAAUUAUGAGCGUCUAGUUAGAGUCCUGCUGGAGAAUGGAGCCGACCCAAACAUUCAGAACCAGGCUGGAGUUAGCGCUGUGCAGAUGGCACACGCAUUUGAAAGGAAGAAUAUCAUCAGUCUGCUUGUGAAUGAGAAGUGAGAGACGUCGGACUUAAUGACACACACCACACAUCAGUCUCAUAAACAACUUUACUUGCG